GUUAGAUGGCCGCCUGCAAGUAUCUCACCGGAAAGGUCUUCCACAUGUGAUCUACUGCCGGCUGUGGCGGUGGCCGGACCUGCAUAGCCACCAUGAGCUGCGUGCCAUGGAGAUGUGCGAGUACGCCUUUAACAUGAAAAAGGAUGAAGUCUGCGUGAAUCCUUAUCAUUACCAAAGAGUGGAAACCCCAGUGUUACCUCCAGUGCUGGUGCCUCGGCACACAGAGAUCCCAGCUGAGUUCCCGCCGUUAGAUGAUUACAGUCAUUCUAUUCCAGAGAACACUAACUUCCCAGCAGGUAUCGAGCCACAGAGCAACUACAUUCCAGAGACACCUCCUCCAGGUUAUUUGAGUGAGGAUGGAGAAACUAGUGACCACCAGAUGAACCCCAGCAUGGAUGCAGGUUCUCCGAACUUAUCACCAAACCCUAUGUCUCCAGCACAUAAUAACCUGG